AUGUGGCCCCCGGCAGCCACACGGCUCGGCGCCUUUUGCGGGCAUCUAUCGGAGAACGCGCAGCUCGACGCCGUUCUCCAGCUUCUCUUUGUCUUUGGCCUGGCGGUUUGGCUUCUCCUCGGCGCCCCUAUCCGCAUCUUCCAGCUCUACGGAGCCAAGCUCGUCGUGCUCCCCAACCGCCGCGGAUAUUUCAAGAUCGCCGGAACAGUCACCCUCUUUGCCCUGCAGCUUGCUUCCCUCGUCUUCGGCAUCCUGAACCACGCCCACUGGGGUCUGCUAGCAUCGCGAGUUCUGUCUUUUGUCGCCGCUUUCGCCGUCUGCGUUCUCUCGUUCCUCGAACACGGCCGAAAUGUCGUCCCUUCCACCCUGUUGACCAUCUACUUCGCUGGUCUCCUCUACGUGGCCUGGAACCUAUGCCACCCCUGGGGCCUUCCGUCUGUCAUCUUCGCUGCGAGAGCUUUGGUCCUCGUCCUCGAGGGCCCGGUCAAGACCGACAUCCUCCGCGAGCCUUACGACAAGCUGUCACCCGAGGAAACGGCGGGCUUCUUCGGCGUCGUCUUCUGGUGGGUGAACAAGAUUCUCAAGAAGGGAUAA